UUGGGAUUAGUUUAAAAAGGCAAAUCUGAGUGUCAGAUAAGCAAGCCCAGCCUGUCUUCUUCUUCUUCUUCUUCCAUUUUCAGAUCCAAUCAUCCUUAAGGAUCAACAAAGGAUGAACUUUUCAAAAGAAUAUAAGAAAAGGGAUAUCAGAAAAUGUCGAUCACAAAACUCCAAUCUUUCUACCUGGCCACCAGAGAUAGAAACCUCUGAGAUCCCUUCACAGCAAUGCUCAUCAUCUUCCUUCUACCGGAAUCAAAUUUGAAAGAAUGCAUUACUUCGGACUCAUUAUCUUCCUCAGCGCUGCAGUGUCUUUCUGCCAUUUUUCAGCACCGUUGCUCGGCGCCAUGGCAGCAACUCAUGAAGUGAGAGCUGGUUACUGGCUCUCCAGCGCCGGCCAUUACUCUCCGCUCACCAGCAUUGAUGUUUCACUGUACACUCAUCUCUACUACUACUCCAUCUCGCUCGAUCCAGAUGAUUCGAGCAUCACUCUUCCACCUCCGGAGCAACUCCCCCUUCUCCUCACCUUCUCCACAACUCUGAAAACCCUAAAUUCCUCAUUGAAAACACUCCUAUCUCUCGCAACCGAUGGCCAUCAAGCCAACGAGCAGAACACCGCCUUCUCCGACAUGGCCGCCGACCCGGUUCGUCGCGCAGUAUUCAUCAAUUCCACCGUAGAACUCGCAAAGAUGUAUUCUUUCGACGGUCUAGAUCUAGCUUGGGAGUUCCCAUCUUCAUCUUCCGACAUGGAUAACCUCGGAGUUUUACUAGAGGAAUGGAGGGCUUCAAUAAGCAAUGAAGCAGGCAACUCAAAGCCACCACUUUUACUAACAGCAACUGUAUAUUUCUCCGAUCAUCUUUUCGAUGGACAGGAAACCAAUCUGGAUUACCCAAUCAAUGCCAUUUCGAGUAAUCUUGACUGGAUUAAUGUCCUUUGCUUUGGUUACCACAAGAACAGUAAGGUAGCCGCAGCUGAUGCAGCACUUAUAGAUAAAACCUCACACUUCUCUGCAAGUUACAGCAUAAGCUCCUGGAUUGACUCUGGGAUCUCUUCCGGGAAACUGGUAAUGGGGAUUCCUUUGUAUGGAAGAUCAUGGUAUCUCAAAAACAAGGAAAAAAAUGGACUUGGAGCCCAAGUGGUCGCAACAGGACCAAGGCAGAGGAUGAGCAACCAAAGCGGAGUCAUGGCUUACUUUGAGAUUGAAAACAUCUUGAAGGAGGCCGGCUCAACUCUAGUUUAUGAUAACAAUACAUUAUCUACAUACUUUCACAAUGGAGGUCUGUGGGUUAGUUUUGAUAGUCUAGAAGUCAUGGAACAGAAGAUCAAGUUUGCUAGGCAGAAAGAUUUGCUUGGUUAUUUUCUGUAUCCAGUCAGCUUUGAUAACUCAAACCAUACAAUAUCGAAACAAGCUUUGGAUGCGUGGGAAAGAUAUCAUUCUGUUGAAAGUAAUGGUGAAGGUGAUCCAUAUGGUGAAGCGCCAACUCCGGAAGGUACACCAGGACUUGAUCAAGCUUCGAACCAAUCUGCAGAUCUGUCCAAUUCACUGACAUGUUUUCGAAGAACCAUGAGUUUUCUGCUUCCCCUGUUUCUUCUACUUUAUUUUGCAUUGCUUGUGUUGUAAAAAGAGGGGAAAUAUUUCCCCACGGAAUACCUGCAUGCGUACUCUAUUAACCCUGCAAUACCCCCAUAAUAACAUAUGAAUAACAUCCAAAUAGAACCCACGAAAAUUAUUGAAAGGUUAUUGGGUUUAUAUGUUAUUGAAAUUAAUAUUCUGAUAAUCUUCCAAUAACCCCCCAAUAACUGUGAAACGGAGGAAAUUGAGAGGUUACCACGCAAGCAGAACUGCGUGCGUAUUCCGUAUGAAAAUAUUUCUCAAAAGAUAGCAAUCAACCUAACAUCAUAGAGAUGUUGACCUAGAAUUCUUUCUCGCUAAUUAU